AGAGCAGUGCACUUAAAACGACGUCGUUUAGGCCUAGAGUCAUCAUUCCAAUUUUGAGGGCAAUUCUCUAACCUCUAGCAGAGUUGAGUGUUCAACUCAGAAGUUUCGAUGGCUUUACUUCGCAUCGCAAGCAAAAUUUUACAUUCAGCAAGAAACCAAAGUUCCAAGUGCCAGCACCGAACAAUCUUUGCCACGGCACAGUUGCAGGUUUCAUGGAUGGAGAAGGUCAAAAACGUCAUCACAGGCCCGAAGACCACGCAGUCCCAGGAAGACGGGUCACAAGCCGAUUCCAAUUCAUUCACUCUGCUUCGUUUUGCGGAUGAAAUGAAGAAUGCAAGUAGAAUCGGCGCUUUCAAGGAGUUCAUGGUUGGGCGAAGCAGCGAAGCCACUUUUUCAUCUGCGUUCGAGAAAUACGAAGCCAUAAUUCGAUAUCUUGGGGUUUUGGACCCCACUGGAGAGAAUCUCCAGACUGCUCAGAAGCAACAAGCGGCAAAGCAUUGUAGCUGCACGAUUGCUGAUGUAGAGAAUGCACUUGCUAAGUUUACUUGGGCCAAAGAAGCACAGAAGAAGAUAGAGAAGUUAAAAGAAGAAGGAAAACCAUUGCCAAAAAGUUUUGCUGAAGUUCAAAAGCUGGUUGGUUCUACCCCUUUAGACCUUGCAAGGUCUAAUUUGGCCCAAUCUGGACAAAUUAGCAGGAAUGCGCUCUGUCCAUGUGGUUCAAAGAAGAGAUAUAAAAGGUGCUGCGGAAAGGAUUGAAGGAAUUCAGAGAGUUAAUGUUAAACUGCAAGUAAGCCUGAUCGGUUAUGGAGGUACCCCUACACAUUGGUGAAUUGAUCUAGAGUUAUAACCAGUUUUGUUCAGUAACCGAUCUAGCUGCCCAAUUCACUGGACUGCAAGAAUACCAACAAUAAGUUAAUUUAGCUUUCCAAUUUUGCUGAACAGUUGCACAAUUUUGUUUAGCUUUCCAAUUUUUGAGGUGGUCACAGGCAACAUAUUUUGUUCAACUGAAGAAUAGUUAGUUAGUUCUCUUCUUUCUGUCACACCUGCCCAAAUAGGCAAGGGAAUAAUAAGAAUGAUUGUGUUCGCUUUAAAAUUCCAAAUGGUUCAACUAUUUGUUUACCGAUAUAUAACAUCAUUUUAGUAAA